AUGACCACAAAACUGAUCGGGGAGCGGAUUUCAUUGACGGUUAACAGCUAUUGUGAUCCUACGUUGCGAAACUUUAAGCCGACCAGAGAUCAGCUGUGCGUCAAACAUACGAGCUCUCUGAGGAGGACGGGGACCGGCGACGAACCGCGAAACAAACAAACACACAGGUCUGAAGCAAUAACAUCAGCAAUUUCCAACCCGUUGACCAGAGAUGAGCUGAAUGUUGAUCUGCACCCCAUCUCCAUAUCAGACUGUCAGACACAAUAUGUUGAAAAAGUCUGUGAGAUCUCAACGUGGGAUGGAGAAGUUAAAGAGAAGCAACCAGAGACGAUCCGUGCAGUUCCGAUCCACCAGCGUCCAGAUCUGCUGGUUCCCUGUGCAGACCUGGUCAACUCUGAGUGGCAGAGGAGUCAGGCUGCCCGGGUUCACUCCCUGCAGAAGUCCUGUCCAGAGUUCCCCAUCUGCCUGGUUCUUUUGCAAGGCCACAGAGAGACAGAGCGGCUGCUAGGCCACGUCCGGCUGUCCCUGGUCGUGGGUCACAGCAGCAGCCUGUUCGUUGAGUCAGUGGUUGUGUCCAAGGCGGAGCGAGGGAAGGGCUUCGGCCGGACUUUGAUGGAGGAGACUGAGCGCUACUCCAAAAGCCGUGGGUUCAGCCGCCUGUGCCUGACCACCCACGAUAAGCAGCACUUCUACGCACACCUCGGCUAUGUGCUUUCGACGCCAGUGCAGAGCGCAGGUGCAAUGACAUCGUUCGUUCCCAUGGAGAUGCUGCUGAGGUUCUCCAGAAUGCCGAGUGAAGAGAUGAGCACGCAGAAUCAAAAAGGGACAAAGAUGGAUGCUCAAAUACCACAAGGGAACAGAGACUCAGUGGGUGCUUGUGUUGUAGGGUCACCUCCAAUUUCUAGUUCACUUCCUCCUCCUCCCCCACCUCCUUCCACUUCUACCCUUCCUCCUCCCUCUUCCAUCCCUACUCCUCCCCCACCACCUACUCCCUCCAUCCCUUCUCCUCCACCUCCUCCUCAGUCUGCAGGGCAGCUUGUAGUUCAGACCCUGACCGAAACCCCUUACAGAGACGCCAAAGGAGUUCCCAUCUAUUGGAUGCGCAAAGAUAUUUGACAAACACGCAAUUAGAUACACUGGGCAAUGCACUCACCCACAUUAAUGCAUACAUGCACAGUUUGUUCAUAUGUGCACACAUAAAAAAGAAAUGCACAAACAUAAAACAUAAAUCCUUAAUGAUCUCUCAGAUACACAGAAAACAAGUAGAGGAGAAAAUAAAACACAGUAGGUGAGUCCAUGAAGUUCCCAGCUGAAGGAAAAGCGGAGCAAAAAAAAAAUAUCACAAAUAAAUAAACACAUUAAAAAUGGACUAUGCACAAAUAUGUUCUUUCUUUCACUACAUACCAAUGCUCAACCAGAGAUGCCAUGUACCAUAACUUGUCAAACAAAACUUAAUAUUUAAUUUUUAAGUGAAAACUGCAAGAGACUCGACUUUGGCAAAUGGCUUACAUAAAAACGACGAUGCUGUAUUUUACCAGCCUCUUAAUUUCAUAGUUUGGGCCGUCAUUCUUGUCGGAUAUUUUAAAAAUGAAAUUGACGAUGAAUCUUAAAAAUUGUCAGCUCAGACUAUACUGCUUGGAUGAUACCAAAUAGCAGUUUAGUUAUAUUCAGCCCUGGUUUUCACCUCUAAUUGGUUUACAUAACUAAAUGAAACUGUGCAUUAUAUGUCUGCAGUGUAGCAGUUAGUAAAAUAAAAAUGAUGGCCAACAUUAUUAAAGUAAGAACCAGGUUUUAAAACAAGUAGAACUUUUCUUAAAUACUUAAGCUAGUUGCGAAUUGUUUAAGUCCUCCUCCUCACAGAAAUGUGUUUUACUUACUUCUUACUUCACGUGGAUGUUUCGAGCUUCACCGUGCAGAAUGUUGCAUGUGAUACUAUGUAGAAGGCUGUUUUCACAUUCACCUACCGAAGGAGGAAAGUUCCUCUGUCCUUACCUGGAAUCUGAGUUUAAGACUUGGACAAACAAGCAGGAUUUUCUGACAUCACACCUACCCGUAGUUUAAAAGCCAGUCCAGGUCCAAUGUGCAGCUCACACGUGUGAUGCAGAGACUUGAAACCUCCAGUGCACAUAUGAUUAUGGAAUAUCCAGUGAAGUAGGACACAUCUUAUGUUCUUAUGUUCUUACGUUGGAAUGGAUUUAUUUUUUAUUUAUUUUUUUUUUUUGCAUAUUCAUAUAAUAGGGGCUUUUUCAAUGAGGGAGAAGGAACAGAUGUAAUUAUAAUAAUUUUUAACUAGUCAAUUGAACUGUUUUAUAUCUUAAAACAUGUCUUUAUAGAGAUGGGAUUGGGAUAAGAGUGGUACUGGUUUGAAAAUACAGGUUGACUGGGAAAGCUUAGUGGUAAAGGGAAAAAUAUAUUUGAAGGUUACUGCAUAGGCUGGAACAACAGAAGUGAAAUCAUUGGGUUUCUCCUAGUGGGUAGUUACAGGUUAGCUGACUCACAAGCUAACAAGCUUUUAAUUACUUGAAAAUCACAAUCAAUAAUUGGCCAAAAAAUAAUAAUUUUUUUCCCUCAGCAAAGAGAAUUUAGAAAAAACCUAUUUUGUCUCCACCAGACAACUCAACCAAUUAAAAUACUUUUGCCCUUUGAGCUGCUCUGCACCUCAGAAAUAUCUAAAAUCCAGUCUAUAUCUGCUGUUAUUGAAAUAUGUGACAUUGUAAUAUUAAAUUUGAGGGUUGAAUUUGCAUUUAUGAGACUGAUACAUCUUAUAACAUCUGAUGUUUCCAUGGUGAAAAAUUGUGGAAAUAAAGAGAAUUUGAGUAAAUAUUCUUUUGGCUUGUGUUUAUUUUUUCUAUUUUAUUACCUGUCAUGAUU